CUGGCCCGAGUGAUUGGAGUUGCCUGGGGAACUGAAGUGUCCUGUCCAAGAAAAAAGAAAAUGAGGAAUGAAGCAGGAAGGGGCAAAGCCAAGUAGAACAAACUGGAUACAUAACAGAGUCCACUGGGAUGCAAUUAAACAAGCUCUAGGGCCAAUCUUCCUAUCUCAAAAUGGGACAACAUCAUCCUAAGUUGUAUCUCCAAAGGGCUUGUUUACUGGAUCACAAGUGCGGGACAACAAAAUGUACAGAAAUGACAAUUAGAGACUGCAUCAGAGGUGCAGAAGGACUAGAUAUUUGUACCAGUGAAGUUUAGUUUUAGUUUUAGUUUUAAUAGUAGUAGUAGUAGUAGUAGUAGUAUACACUAUCUUAUUUUACAAGCUUCUUUAUCAAGUGUAUUCCCAACUUAUCUUUUUCUUAUCUUAAGUAAAUUAUUACUUUUACAGAAAUAAAAACUGCAAAUGAGUAUUUUUAACAUGGGUGAAAGUGGAGGUAGCAUGCAGAGUAGCAGUUUCUACUUUAUCUUGUUUUCUUUAUCAAGUGUAUUCCUGAGUCAUCCCAAAUUAUCUUCAUCUUAUCUCAAGUAAAUUGUUAGUUUUACUCAAAUAACUUGGAUAAAGACUUGAAUGAUAGCAUGCUUUAGAACCUGUAGUAUUAACAGAGUGCAUAUUAUUUAUUGUAAUUACAGUAAAAAAAAAUUAAUUUGCCUCUUGCCUCCGUUGUGUGUUAAACCAGACCUGAACUUGAGAGCAAAAUGACUUCCAACUCUGGCAACUGCUCUUCCGAGUUACUCACUGCUCCAACAAGAGAAAGUGAAAAGAAGAACAGCAUGAAUCGUGAUGACUAAUCUUAUAAAAUGUGACUCAGUAAAUGAAAGCUAUGUAAUGAGUUUAUCCACACACAAACCUAGAAUCGGAAAAACAUCAAUAUCUUUCUGUUUGUUUUAAUUCAAAACAAGCAGGAAGUUAUUUAACAUUUGCCCUGUGUUUUGAAAUCUUAAAAGUGCAGACAGUUUUAACAGUGGUCAUGCGGACACUGUACUAAUCACAAAAACAGUGUCCAGAUUACUAACACUGACCUGCUUUCCUCCAGGGAGAUAGAGAUGUUUAAUGAUGUACAGUGGAACAUUACAGGCAAAGCAAAGAAAUAACAUGUAGAAAAGCAGGUGGCAUAUCCUCCACUAGAAAAGUUACACAGUGCACCUUUAACUAUGUCUGUUCUUCUUCAACGGUAAGUCUAGGUCUGUUCACUAUAGAUUGCUGUUUUUGACAAUAAACUGACAGAUGUGAUGCUACCAUGUAUAAGAAUGUCCCUGUGCAUUUCUAUGGAGAUUUACCUUUAUAACAGCAGCGGUUGAGCACAGGCAUCUCUCCUGCUGACCCCUAAGCCCAAACCCUGACCCCUGCUUUGAAAUGCAGCACUGAUCUGAAAGGCCAGACUUGUCUAUCAAUAGCCCAUGGAGGGAGGUAGGGGGCCAUAACAUCUGCUUGACGUUUAUCCCUCCUUUUGUGUCGUUAGGCUUCAGCUAGAACCCUGGGAGAGCACACGGAUACUGACAGGACAGAGGAGCAAGCAACAACAAUUGGGAGAAUGAGAAUGCAGUAUCAAUAUAUAUUUUUUGCAUUGGUAUUUUCCUAUUUUAAAGAAACAUGGCGUAGAUUAAGAUAUCACAGAUUAAGGUAGCCCCUUAAUUUAAUACGAUUAUAAUCUUAUUACAUGACUCUAUUGGCUAAGCAGCUUCACUCAUAAAACACGUGGUUCUAAUUAUUAUGAUAGCACAAUUCUGGCACUAAGCAAUGAAUGCAGUUUUUAUUCAAAUAUAUUGUUAUUUUAAUAGUUUUACUGAGUUCUUACCCUUUUUUUUUCUUACCCCAAGACCACACGUCUUUACCACAAACAGAAAGUUCCAAUCUUUCCAGUUAAAAAAUGUUUCGACCAAGGCUGAAGUGAGCGUGCAUGAAAAAAUUAGCAUGAGUAGCUUACAGUUUCCACAUCCAAAUAUGCAAUAUGUCUCCCUCUGCAGGCCAACUCAGGAUCCUGUCAGAUUUAAUAAACACAUUUUCUUUGUGGAAAAGUCCCGCAGUGACAAGUAUAAAAUUAUAAAUAAAAUCACUCCAAUUAAAUUAACAAAUAGCUUGCCUUACCAAGUUGAAUUUAAACAUAAAAUAAAAGGCAUAUGUUAGGUAAAUUCACGUUUCAGUAAAUAACGGCUUUUAAUUGGUCGCUGUUGACACGUGACUCCUGUGCACGUGACUUGUCAAAUGCGGAAGUAAAGCGGAUGUCAUUGCAAAUUUUCAUGGCUGUUUUGUUUUGAAUGAAUUGUGCAUAUUUUCUUAUUCAGCACAGCGCCAUGUAAAAAAUAAAAGGGUUUAUUUCUCCGGAGAAGAAAUAAACUAUCAUCGGCUUUUCAUCAGCCCGGAAAAAUAGCCAAAAAACAGUAAGAUAUGAGUUUGCACAAGACUAGCAGGUGUCGUUAGUUCACCUGCUAUUGAUUUCAAUGGAAAUCCCAUAUUUUCUAGGAACGUAUUUACAUCUAUGUAAUGUAGCUUCAUUGUAAUGAUAGCCCUGGUGCACUCGAACAACAUGGCAUUGCUUUUGGGAAUCAGGGUAGGCCUUAACUUCAAAAACGCCUUUCAAAAGCCCUGUUCAUUGGCUAGAAUCUAUCAAAACUGGAGGACAUGUCUUGUUAAAAGGAAUUCUAUUUUAAUCCACAUACCCAAGGUUUCUCUAAUAUGCUGUGGUGCUGUCAGUAUGUCAUCUUAUACUGCAAGAUGCCAGGAAGCCACACUUAAACCAGCCAUCACUGAAAGAAAGUCUGUUGCCAAAGUACAGGUGCAUAAACUCAUAUUUUUCCUUCGACUUAGUUUUAGAGCAUUGGUUCUUCUCCUCAAAUUUGGCCCACUUUUACUCCUCUCCCCCUUGACUCUUGUGUCAACUCGCUGGAGCUCCAAAUGGCUGGAUGUCUUGCUAUGGAUGACUGAAACUUCUGGUCCAACUUUCAUCAAACUUGGACAAUGGGCCAGCACCAGACGAGACAUUUUCCCCAAAGAUUUCUGCGAUCGCUUCUCCAGACUUCACGUCAAAGUUAGACCUCACUCGUGGUCCCACACAAAGCAGUGCCUCCGUCGGGCUUUUGGAGAAGAUUGGAGGAGGGUUUUUGUUUUUCAGAGCAAGGAGCCAGUUGGUUCUGGUUGCGUUGCCCAGGUCUACAGAGGGUGGGCAAGGGCAGACAGAGUAGAGGAUCCAGACUUUCAGACACUGGUUGAGGAGAGGGACAGAGAGGACUUGCUUGAAGCCUGGGAGAUCCCGGGUCUAAGGGGGGUGACCGGUUUACUGAAGAAGCUCUGGUCUGGCAGAGGAGAGGAAGAAAAGGGGGAGACUGUGUGCUGGAGAGAGGAUACACUCAUCGAAAAGGGCCUGAUACCUGUAGCUAUAAAGGUGGUGCACCCAGGAGUCAGGAGGCAAGUAGAAAUCGACCUGCUGCUGAUGAAAACUGGAAGCUGGAUUCUGGAUCAUCUGCCUGGACUCAAGUGGCUCAGUCUGUAUGAAAUAGUGGAGGAAUUUGAGAAGCUCAUGACCAAACAGAUUGAUCUCAGAUUUGAGGCUAAAAACAUGGAGCAUUUCCGACACAAUUUCCGUGAUGUGGAAUAUGUCAAGUUUCCCACUCCGCUUCGGCCGUUUGUGACCAGAACAAUCUUAGUAGAAACUUUUGAAGAAAGUGAGCCAAUAUCAAGCUAUUUGAGGUCAGAUAUUCCAGUAGAAGUGAAGCAGAAGAUAGCAAAGAUGGGUGUCGAUACGCUGCUAAAGAUGGUUUUUGUGGAUAACUUUGUCCAUGGAGACCUUCAUCCGGGUAACAUCCUGGUCCAGUCCCAAGCCCCCUCCCCUGGCUCCAGUGACAUUGUGGGGGAGGCCCAGGGUAAAACCACCCUGACAGACCUGUGGGACACUGUGGUCGUCAGCGUCAGACCAAACCCCAGUCCAUUUCAGCUGGUUCUCUUGGACACUGGCAUCGUGUCUCAACUCAGUGAUUACGACCGUGCCAAUUUCAAGGCUGUCUUUACUGCUGUAGUCAUGCGCCAGGGUGAGAAGGUAGCAGAGUUGAUCCUACAUCAUGCACGGGCAAAUGAGUGUCAGGAUGUCCCACUGUUUAAAAAGGAAAUGGCCCAGCUCGUCGACCAUGCCCUCAGCAAUACCCUCGCUUUAGGAAAGAUUCAAGUUGCCGACCUGCUCUCCAGGGUUUUUGGUUUGCUAAUCAAACACAAGGUAAAGCUGGAGAGUAAUUUUGCCUCCAUUGUGUUUGCCAUCAUGGUGCUGGAAGGACUGGGCAGGUCUCUGGAUCCAAACCUGGACAUCCUGGAGCUGGCUAAACCAAUGCUCAUCAAAAACUAUUCUUCACUUCUCUGAUCACCAACUACAUUUGAAAGGACAUAAUCAAUUUAGAAUAGAAUUUAUAUACCGCAUAUUCAACAGAACACUACUAUGUACUUACCUGAAAUGCAUUCAUUCCAGCCAUUUUAACAAUGUUAUGAUUUUCAUGACAGUCCACAAAGUGUUCCUUGCAAAUAAAUAAGUACAUUUCUUCUGUAAGUGCAUAAAAUGUAGUUAUGUGAUUAAAAAAAAAAAAAAAAAAAAAAAGGGUAAUGCAUAGAUUGGAUGGAUUUAAAUAUGUAAAUAAAAACAAAUAUUUUUCAGUGGUUAAGUUCUCAGGGAGCUAUAUAUUGUUCAGUCCC